AUCAAGAACGGUUGUUUUUCUUUCUCCUGUAGAAACUUUAAGAGUUAUUCAAAGAUAAAAUUAAUGCAAACAAGGCAAGCCUUUAGUUGCUAAUUAUUCUUAACUGGAAGAAAAAAGGGAUGAAAACUUCAAUAUGGUGGACACACGUGUUUCAAUUUUUAUUUAUAUAUCGGAAUUUAUUAGAAUUUCUUUUUUAAAUUUAAAUUAUAAAAAAUUUACUCGUACAAAAUUCCUAUUAAGUUAAUUAACGGUAUCUUUAAAGGUUCACGUAAUUUAGAUUGUUUUCGGUGUUAUAUUGAGAAUUAAUUAUAAUUAAUCUUUCUAAAGAGUAAGAGAAGACUUUUUUCUUAAAAACAACGAAUUUUUUUAUUGUUCUAUUUGUCUAAAAACUUAUUUUUUGUGUUUUUUUUUUACUUACAGAUCCGCUUCGGAAUGUAUUUAAGGGUUCAGAAUGUGAACUACUUUGACCUAUGACAUCAAAUCAGCAUGUCCAUAGUUAUGGUGACUCCCGCUGCAGACGACAGCAGAGUCGACUGUACACAACCUUACACUUCGGACCCCGUACAGAACGGAAAUCUUCCAUCGGGUGUCAGCAUGGACGAGACGGGUCAAGACCCGGUGGUGCCCAUAUAUAAGCACAAUCCGCUGAUGUUCGGGAGAAUGCACUCCGAACCCGAACAUUCGUUGCCCUUGGUGGAAUUCAGACCCCUGGAACAACCGUCGGAAGGUGGCAGCACUUGUCAGGCCAGCCACCGCUCCUGUCCGGAGAUAAGACCGGAAAUCCACGUCCAAGCGAGCGAAGUGGAGAAUGGGCAGCAGCAGCAGCAGCAGCAGCUGGAGAAGGAGGAGGAGAUAGCGACGGUGGCUCCGCUAGCGGACGAAAGGCGCACUACACCAGUCAGCCGUCACUUGUGGACUCCAAACACUCGUUCGGGGCUGAGCUCUCGUCUGGAACACAGUUUCCUCACGCGUACGGUAUCGCGCGAGAGCGUCCGUUUGUUGCCUUGUAACCUACCUGCGGACACUCAACCUCUAGUGGUCCCUUCAGGUGUGCCAGUCGCUUAUCCGGCCCACCUGACGACAUCGUUACGUCAGUUGCAACGGGACAACGAGAUAGCCGAAAUAGCAGCCGAUUCUUUACGUAUCAAUGGGGCCCUCCGCCAGUUUCGGCAGCUGCGUAAGCCCACUUCGACCCUCUCCAUACCGUCAUCCAUGAAAGGUCAGCAAAACUCUACCGAAACCGAGAAUGCCGGGAUCGCUUUGGUGGGCGUCACAACCGAGACCCCGAGUUGCAGGGCUGACGAUAGGAAAAAAGGCAGCGGUGCCUUUCACAAACCCAACGUGGGCUACAGACUAGGAAGGAGGAAAGCCCUUUUCGAAAAAAGGAAGAGGAUCAGUGAUUAUGCAUUGGUCAUGGCCAUGUUUGGCAUCAUUGUUAUGGUACUGGAAAACGAACUUUCGGCUGCAGGUGUCUAUAACAAGGCAUCUGUCUAUUCGACCGCUCUCAAGACACUCAUCAGCGUGUCCACCUUGUUGCUGCUGGGACUAAUCAUUGCCUACCACGCCCUGGAGGUGCAGUUAUUCCUGAUUGAUAAUUGUGCGGAUGAUUGGAGGAUCGCUAUGACAUUGCAAAGGAUCAGCUUAAUUUUAUUAGAACUUAUAGUGUGUGCUAUACAUCCGAUACCAGGAGAAUAUUACUUCAGUUGGACUACUAAAUUAUCGAACCAUAAUGGCCGUUCGGAAACCAAAUUGGUGCCUGUUGACGUUACUCUUUCUCUGCCCAUGUUUCUCCGUCUCUACCUUAUUUGUAGAGUGAUGUUGUUACAUAGUAAACUUUUCACUGAUGCUUCAUCCAGAAGCAUAGGAGCUCUUAACAGGAUCAAUUUUAAUACGAGGUUUGUACUGAAGACAUUGAUGACUAUAUGUCCGGGAACUGUGUUACUCGUCUUCAUGGUAUCUCUAUGGAUCAUAGCUAGUUGGACCUUGAGGCUAUGCGAAAGGUACCACGACGAAGACCAUGCCAACCUGCUGAAUACAAUGUGGUUGACAGCUAUAACAUUCCUAUCUGUAGGAUACGGUGAUAUUGUACCGAAUACAUAUUGUGGAAGAGGAAUAGCUGUCAGUACAGGUCUCAUGGGUGCAGGAUGUACCGCCUUAGUUGUAGCUGUGAUAGCCCGAAAAUUGGAGUUGACUAGGGCAGAAAAACACGUCCAUAAUUUUAUGAUGGACACGCAAUUGACAAAACGGCUAAAAAAUGCCGCAGCUAACGUCCUACGCGAAACUUGGUUGAUUUAUAAAAACACUAAAUUGGUGAAAAGAGUUAACCAAUCCAAAGUUAGAACACAUCAAAGAAAAUUCUUAUUAGCCAUUUAUAGCCUUAGAAAAGUCAAAAUGGACCAAAGGAAAUUAAUGGAUAAUGCUAACACUAUAACAGACAUGGCAAAGACUCAAAACAACGUUUACGAACUUGUUUCGGAUAUGAACCAACGACAGGAGGUGUUAGAAGAGCGGGUGUCGGUUCUCGAAGAUAAGCUCACAGUAAUACAAGAACAACUGGAAAACUUACCACAAGCGAUCGCUAAAUUGCUCCAACCACCAACAAUGAGUCCGCAACCGGGUUCGGGCACGCUACAACUUCCAAACGAACAACGUCAUACUCAUCUUCACCCCGACGAUGCAACGUCUAUAUCAUCUCGACCUAGUUGGAAUUCUGUAAACCUGGGGACAACGAGAUCCGGUCUUGCACCACCUCUGGUACCAAGAGCUCUUUCCACCGAGAACUGAAAAUAUAAAGGAAGAGGAUUAAAAAAAGGGGGAAAGAAUAAAAUAGAAAAUUCUAGUCACUUUAUAAAAAGACUCAGGAGAAACAAACCUCGUUAAGGGCAAGAAACAGACACCUCCAUUUAAAGCACACACUUAGUUUCAGGGUGAAGAUUUCUUGUCCAUGGUAUGCACCGUCCAUGUACAAAAAUACAAAAAAAAAGAAAAAAUUAUAUGGAUUGUUUAAUUCCUUUUAUUAGUUUGAAUUCGUAGCUGGGUGUUACCUAUGAGACUUGCCCUAUAAAAAAAAUAACCCGAAGAAUGAGAGAAAUGGUGUUUUCGAUUGUCGCGUUGAACAGUCUAUGGGUAACAUUCAGAAAACAA